AUGAAGGUCUAUCUCGCAGCUGCUCUUGCUGCCGCCUUGACUGCGACAGCGAUGUCGCAGGACUCUCCUGCUGAUCUCCUUCGUGAGCUGCAGGCCCAAAAGGCGUUGUUGGAGGAGCAGCGAAAGGAGCUGAAGCAGAUGACCGAAACCCAGGAGAGUAUGGCUGGCGCUAUGGAUUCGGCUUGGUUGGUCCUUUGUGGAGCGCUGGUCAUGUUUAUGCAUGCAGGAUUUGCAAUGUUGGAGACUGGCUGUUGCCGUGCAAAGAAUGCCUCGAACGUCCUGAUGAAAAAUCUUGUCAACGUGUCAGUUGGCACAUUGGGUUGGUGGAUGUUUGGCUGGGCCUUUGCGUAUGGCUCCCAAGCCGGGGCUUUCAUUGGCACAGAUGGCUUCUUCGGCCUGGGUUUCUACACCAAAGAUGCAUCGGGCAAUAUCGUCCCGGUGGAGUGUGAGGAGGGAGACGGGAACUGCCAGUCCACGAUGCUGAGUUGGUUCUUCCAGUGGGCCUUCUGCACAGCUGGCGCCACCAUCGUGAGUGGAUGCGUGGCGGAGCGUGUCAAAAGUCCCACCUACGCUUUCUUCGCCUUCUGCAUGACUUCCUUUAUCUACCCGGUUGUGGUAGCAUGGACCUGGGGCGGCGGCUGGCUCGCCAGCAUCUUCGAUGUGGGCUACAUGGAUUUCGCCGGCUCAGGUGUUGUCCAUUUCACAGGAGGCGUUUGCGGUCUCGCUGGCACGGUCAUCCUCGGCCCCCGAAGGGGUCGCUUCGAGAAUCCCGACGAGUUCGAGUACCACAACAUCCCGCUGGUCGUGCUCGGAACCUUCGCGCUUUGGUUCGGUUGGUAUGGCUUCAACCCAGGCUCCACGCUCUCGAUGCAUGAUAAGGAGAUGGGCGCCCUUGCAGCUCAGGUGGCAAUGAACACUACUCUCUCCGCCGCCACCUGCGGGAUCACCGUGUUCUUGCUGAAGUUCGUGCUCGUGCGCAAGUACGAUGUCGGCGCGCUCUGUAACGGCAUUCUUUCGGGCUUGGUCUCUAUCACCGCGGGCUGUGGAAACAUGGAGUGCGGCAGCGCUGUUCUCACCGGCUUCAUUGGUGCCUUUUUCUACCAGGCGGCGUCAAGUCUCCUGGUGAGAUUGAAGAUCGACGACCCCGUGGAUGCCAGCGCGGUGCACGGAGCCUGUGGCAUUUGGGGGCUUCUCGCUGCUGGUCUCUUCGAUUGGGGGAAGGGCUUUGACCACUAUCAUGGCUGGAGCGGUUUCGGCUGCAUGACCGGCGACGAUGGUGCAUGCCGCAGUGGCUUGGGAGGAGCUGCCAUUGGAGCACAGAUUGUCAUGAUUCUGGCCAUCAUCGCAUGGGCAGGGACUCUCUCCACGCUGUCCUUCCUGAUCCUGAAGUUUUCCGGGCUUCUGCGUAUUGGCGAAGACAUCGAGAAGGUCGGCUAUGAUAUGCACUCGCACUCUCCGCCCAAGGCCUAUGCCUUCAGUGGCAAUGACCCCAAAUCAUCGUCAAGUGAAGAGUCGGGGCCUCUAGACACAGAUGACAAGGAGGAGACUUUUGAUUCAGGGUACACGCUCGACGCCUCUGAGCAGUACAGAGGAGUUUACCUAGAUUUUAGAUACCUCAACAAGCAAGACAACGACCAAGCAAAAUUAUCUUUGAAGUUGGCAGUUCGCUGCCGCCCACGUGAAAGCUACGAUGAUGUGAUGGUAAGUAUCGGAGGUUGGCUGAAGGCCGUUCCGCUGCACCCGGCCGCUUUUGAGGGCAUGCAUGCCUGCUUCGGAUGGCUCGUCCCAGCCGGAACUCUUCCCGAGGCUAUAGACAGCUCCACAAAGCACCUAGCUGACGUGGUUCACCGUGGGUUGGUUCAGCGACCGCAUCUUCCGCCCACUUGCCCAGACACUCUGCAAAAUGCCCUUGCCGACGCCGACGGCUUCACGGCACAGGCAGCAUUUUGCGCUGCAGGCAGUUUUUCGCCUGCAGAUGAGACCUGGGCAAGCCCUGAGGAGAACAGCGCCUUGUUGCAACAGGGCGAGCGAAAGGCCAAGGAUGCAGCCGAGCCUUGCGCCGGGGCCCAAGCGUUUCACAGAGACUGCCUGCACGCAGCAUCGACGUGUCCCCAGUGCUCAAAGAAGAUCUGCCACGAGAAAGCACUGAGCUUGUACAACCUGUCCUUCGCAGAUGGAGAUGGAGAUGCCAGGGUCAUGGCAGCUGUGGCCGAGCUGAAAAGGAAGCGGGAAAGCCGUGAAGACGUGGUCGCAUCAGAAGACGAGUUGGAGGACGAUGACCUCGAGAUAGAGGCACUCACUCUCCAAGAUGCCGGGUCAUCCCAAUGCGGAACGCCAACCACAGAGGACAAUGCCGUGAAACAGGCGGCGGAGUUGGUCCUCCUCCGUCAGCAACUCUCAGAACUGCGAGACCGGGUGGAGACUGCCAAAUCCAGCCGUGAGAAAGCCGUGGAAUACCGU